UGGACGAGUCUGGACUGCACGCAGAGUGUCUCUGAAGGGGUGGUGACCUCACCGUGAGAGAACCAUGUCCGCUGCCUCCGUCUCUCUCUCCACUGGCCAGUGUAUGCCACUGCUCGGUCUGGGCACAUGGAAGAGCGCACCUGGGCAGGUGAAGCAGGCUGUGAUAGCAGCCUUGGACACUGGUUACAGACACAUUGACUGUGCUGCGGUUUAUGGAAAUGAGAGUGAAGUGGGAGAGGCCUUGUCUGAGAGACUGGGACCCGGGAAGGCCCUGAAAAGGGAGGAGGUAUUUGUGACGUCUAAACUGUGGAACACUAAACACCACCCAGAUGAUGUGGAGAGCGCCUGCAGGAAGAGUCUGUCUGACUUGGGCCUGAGCUACCUGGAUCUCUACCUCAUGCACUGGCCAAUGGCAUUUGAGAGAGGGGACGAGGUGAUGCCCAAAAACCCAGAUGGAACCAUUCGCUACUCAGAUCUUCAUUAUAGAGACACCUGGUUGGCCAUGGAGAAGCUGGUGGACCAGGGCCUGGUGAAAGCCAUUGGCCUGUCCAACUUCAACGCCAGGCAGAUGAAUGACAUCCUCAGCUUUGCAAAACACAAACCGGUCGUCAACCAGGUGGAGUGCCAUCCCUAUCUGAUCCAGACCGAGCUGAUCUCGCACUGCCAGAGUCAGGGCGUGGCCAUCACCGCAUACAGCCCCCUGGGCUCCCCCGACCGCCCCUGGGCCGCCCCUGGGGAGCCCACUCUCCUACAAGACCCCAGGGUCGUCACCAUGGCGAAACGCUACGGCAAGACCUCGGCCCAGGUCAUCAUCAGGUGGCAGGUGCAAAGAGGAGUUGUCUGUAUCCCUAAAAGCGUCACUCCAUCCAGAAUCAAGGAAAACUUUGAGGUGUUUGAUUUUGCACUGACUGAAGAGGACAUGAAGCAAAUCGAGUCAUUUAACAGAAACGAGAGGCUCAUUGUUCCAGCUGUGGAGAGAGAUGGGAAGAGAGUUUGGAGGGAUGCCAUUCAUCCGCAUUUUCCUUUCAACAACCCUUACUAGCCGCCGUCACCCGAUGUCUGCAGCCUGUCCGCAGUCCAGCCGGGCAACGAGCACACAGACACUCUCACAUCUUAAGGGCACUGGUAUAUAAUAAAUAUUAUAUACCACAUUCACAACAUCCAACAGCCCUCGCUCACAGACGUGUUCUCUCACAUGACUUGACAAUAUCAAUGUUAAAACAUCUCGGAGAUGGGAAUGUUCGACUGAACAUGUAAUUAAAAAAAUGGCGACAAAAA